AUGCCGAACUCGCAAAAGCGGAAGGCCACCGUCGCGCCGGCGCCGCGGCGCCGCCCGCCGCCCCGUAUGGAGUACCGCGCGCGGUCCGACGAGGCAUGGUACGGCGCACGCGUGGUGGUGCAGGACGGCUGGCUGCGCGUCAUGUUCGAGAAUUUCCCCGAGGAUGCGGACGAGUGGUACAAUCCAGGGGCUGACCUCGCAUCCCCGGGCGACGUGGACGCGCUCCGCGCCAGGUUUCGCCGGGCGUGCCUCGCCCUCGACGACGCCCAUUGUGGCGACCUCCGCCCGGGCGACCAGCUCUGCCUCGCCUGCGACAUGCACGGCGGCGAGAUCAAAUACUACGACGCCGUCCUUGAGGCCGUAGAGAAGGCGCCUCACGGCACCGUGGACGGCGAGGAGCGGUGCGCGUGCCGUUUCACGGCGCGCUGGACGGAGGGGCCGCGCCGCGGUUGCUCGGACAAGGUGGGCGUCGAGGUGGUAUGCUGUGUGCAGGAGUCACCGAUCCAAGAUCCGGUGCUGACCGAGUUCCUGGACCAUGUGAGAAACCGGUUCGGCGACGACCAGGAGGAGGCGACGGCGGCGUCUCAGCAGGCAGCCCCGAGCGGUGAGGGGGAAAUUGCGCCGGUGUCCAGCCUCACAUACUCCUCGAGUAGCUUGUCUUCUUCUUUUUAA